GGGCUAACUAGUUUAGGGCAGGGCGAUGGCGAUCAUCUCUGAGGUAGAGGAGGAGGCCGAGGUCCCCAAGCCCGUCGCCGCGGCUCCUCCGUCGGACUCCGGCAAUGCUGCUCACGACAAGAUUUUGGAGGCGCUGCUCAAGGAGCACAAUGAUCAGCCGCUGGAGCUGCUCAAAACGGUAAUCGGCUUUCUCACGCGCCGCUCGGCCGCCUUCCCCGACGAAUACUUCGAGAGGCAGCUGUCGGAGAUCGUGUCUAGCGCCAAGAGGCGGCGCGUCGAUGGCAAGAAGAAGAAUGCGGUGCCGGUGCCCGAGGCGGCGCCGUCGCGGGAUUUCGAGAGCGAGCACAAGCAUAAGGCCAGCGGCGGUGGAUCAAGUGGCAAGCAAUCGGCGUCGGCGGCUGUCCAGGAAACCAAGAACGAAGUCAAGGAAGUGGAGAGUUCUGACUCUACCGGAUUGAAGAUUAAUGCUGGAAAUGGUGCCGAUCUCGAAAAGUAUUCGUGGACGCAAACAUUAAGUGAGCUGACGGUGCAAAUCCCCGUUGCAAAAGAGAUCAAGGCGCGAGAUAUCGUCUGUGACAUUAAGAAGAACCAUCUGAAAGCUGGGCUCAAGGGUCAGCCGCCAAUUCUCGAGGUGAGUGAAGGGAUUCUCUUUCCUAUUCUCUCACACUGUUGCUUUUUCUGUUAUCAGGGCGAUCUCUAUGCAUCCGUCAAGGUGGACGACUGCUUCUGGAGCAUUGAUGCUGGCGAUGGAAAGAAGGAAGCGGAGAAGUUCCUUUCUAUCCUCCUCACCAAGACGAACAGGAUGGAGUGGUGGAAAAACGUUGUGAAAGGCGAGCCAGAGAUUGACACUCAAAAGGUUGAGCCGGAGAACAGCAAGCUGGGGGAUUUGGACGCAGAGACUCGGCAGACCGUGGAGAAGAUGAUGUACGACCAGCGGCAGAAGGCGAUGGGAUUGCCAAGCUCCGAAGACCAGCAAAAGCAAGAGAUGCUCAAGAAGUUCAUGGCACAGCACCCGGAAAUGGAUUUCUCCAAGGCAAAAAUCUGCUAGAGAGUAGAGACCGUAUGAACAGGCGCCAAUUUCAUAGUUUUAAGCGAAUAUUCUAAGCCCUAAAACAUUCACUUUUCAAAUUUGGGAGAAUAUUCUAGUCCUAAAUUCGAGUCGUUGACAGCCUCCAAAUGCAAAUUGCAAAUUCACUUGAUAAUUUGAGAAGCAACUGAAACUUUCCUUUUGCCUU